AUGCCAGCAAGCACGCCAGCAGGCACAGCAGCAGGCUCGGCAGCAGGCACGUCAGCAGUCAUGGCACCAUCUGUAGUUGUGGUUGAGAAGGGGGCCACGACUGAAUUGCCAAGAGUGAAUCCAACCCUUGUCCCGAGCCCAACAAUCGCACCAACUGCCGGAGCAGCUCCAGCAGCUGCAGUUAAUCAGGGAGCGGCCGCCACGCCAACAAGCGCCAUCCCAGAGAGCGCUUCCGCCGCAAUCACUCCCCUGCCAGCACUUCCCGCAGUGCCAUUGGCACUCCCCACAGCUUCGCCAACUGGGCCGGCCAAUGCUCUUCCCAGCAACCCAAACGCACCGGCCACCCCAGCCACUGGAUUUCCGACGUCGCUGCCGGGGGCGAUGCCUGCCACGCUGCCUCUGCCAACAGUCUCCCCACUUCCCGCCGCACCGCUUCCGGGUGCCGGGCUCCCGACGGCGAUCCGAACGCCUGGGAUUGACGUCUCCUCCUCCAGAGAUGUUCAGUUCAGGGCCCGGCACAACGAUGAGACCGUAGCCCUUGACCAAGCUGCAGAUGCUGAGAAUCCGAAGCUUGCAAGCGAUUGGUCAAGCGAUUUGCCUUCGAUUUGCUUGGGCCUGGGUGGUCUCGUGCUGACAUGCGUUGGGGCGCAUUUUCUCCGCGUUCGCCGUGGCAGAGGGGCCAGUGGAGGCCGGGUGUGUGGCGACGUGUCAGAAUCGGAUGAAGCCGAAGCAAGCUUCAUUGUCAAAUAA